UUUAUAAUUUGCUAUAGUUUUGUCAGUGUGUUGAUGUUCUGUUUUGAUCAUAAAUUUUUAAAAUGUUCACAAAUAAUACAUCACAAAGUAUAUCCCCUAAACGUCGUGACUUGAUUUCUGAUGAUUUAGAUGAGUUGAUGAAAUUAAAUUAUCAUCAAUAUUUGAAAGCAGAGAAAGAAAAAAGUGAUAAAGAAGCUCUUAGAAAUUUCAUUAUAAAUUGCGAUGAAGGUUCUAAUGAUUUAGAUGAGUUGAUGCCAUUUCCUUCUCGGCAAAAUUUGAAUGGCCAUCCAGAAGAAAAUGGUGUAGAAGAGCUUAGAGAUUUAAUUAUAAAUAUAGGUGAAGAAGCAAACCGCAAACUAGAAGAAAUAUGCAAGGAAAACGAUGAAUAUAAUUACAAUUGUAAAGAGAUGGAAAAAAUAGCCUCGUGUAGCUCUUUGAAUAUGAAGCUUCAAUAUGCAGUGAAUAAGUUAUUAAGCAAAGUUCAAUAUACCUUAGAUAAAAGAAGAAAAGACAAGAUUGCAGUGGAGGAAUAUUUAGAAGAAGUGGAUAAUAAAAAUCAGUUGACUAAAUUGAAAGCCAAAAAAUAUUUUAAGCCUAUUUCUUUGUUUGCAUCUCCUUAUUUCCGUGAUGUCAGAGGAAUGGCUCCACCUGAAAAUGAAGACACAACAAAAAAGCGAGAAAAUCAUGACAUCACGGCGUAUGUGCAACCACCCAGACCUUGGAUGCUUUUUGAAAAACAUAUGCUGAUAAAUGCAGUGUAUUCCAACUGUCUCGGUUUUAUUUUGAAACCUUACAAAACUAGGCGCAACUAUUUAAGAGACAAGUUAAAAGAUGAUCUGAAGAACCUAACAGAAGCUGAGGAGGCUUCAUUGAAAAAACAGAUCAAGGAGAUAGAAAAGGAGAUAAACAAACAAUGCCGAAAAUAUCGUGAUGAAGUCAUUAUAGAAGCAAAGGAUCAUAUCAGGUGGCAUGAAAUCGCUCUUGAUGGAUAUAGAACUGGAGAUGAAUGUGAAAUAAUGUGGAAUAACUAUAUGAGUAUUUUCGUUAAGAAAGAUCCAUUCACAGAAGAAGAAGAUAGGAAAUUAAAAGAGUUGGUGGAAAAGUACAGUGGCAAAAACUGGGAUGCUAUUGCCGAAGAGUUACAGACUGGAAGAUCAGCUAUCCAAUGUUUUGAAAGAUACCAGAGAAGUCUAAAUACAGCUAUGCAUAAAAAAUACUGGACUCCAGAAGAAGAUGCAAAAUUGGCACAUCUUGUAGAAAGUAACAAGAUUGGUAAUUUUAUCCCUUGGAACAUAGUGUGUAGCCAGAUGGAAGGACGUGAACGUCAUCAAAUUAUUAAUAGAUAUGAAAGAACUAUUAACAACAGAAUAAAAAGAACUCCAUGGACAAAAGAAGAAGAUGCAAUGCUUCUCAUGUGUGUGAAAAAAUAUGGUUGCCACUGGAUUCAGAUGAAGGAAUACCUCCCUGGGCGUAAUCCUUAUACUAUUAGAGAAAGGUAUGUCAACAUGUUAGAUCCAUACAUAAAGCAUGGGCCAUGGUCCAAGGCUGAAGAUCAGAAACUUAUUGCCCUUACUCAGAAAUAUGGAUAUGGUAGAUGGUCAAGAAUAGCAAAAGAAAUGAAAGGCCGUACUGACAAUAUGUGUUUAAUUCGUGCUAAUAAUUUGGGACUCAAACGAGGUGAGGAAAUAGAUAUGAAAACACAUGUGAAAGAAGAAUUAAGUGAUGAAUAUGAGUUUAGUGAAGCAAUCUAUGGACCAAGGCGGAAACCUACAAGGACUAGUAUGAGGGCAGAUAUCCAGAGGGAAGCCUUGGAAACUCUUAAAUCUGCUUUGAUGAGAGUUGCUCCUUCUGUUAUUGAUGAAACCAUGGGAACGAUAAAUGUGCCAUGUAUCAGUCUUUCUUUAAUGAGAGACCUAUUCAAAGAGCUUUUCAAGAAUGAACAAAACAAAACAUCUGCAAAUUGGAAACCUCGAUACCUUAGCACUGAUGGAAUAUCAAAGAUAGAUUUCGCAAAACGUAAAAAAGGUAUAAAGAAAAAAUUUGGUAUAGACGAAGAGAGUGCAAGUGAAGAAGAGGAAAGUGAGAAUGUGCCUGGUAUUAAAAUUGAUAGGGAUUCGUAUUUUAAUGAAGUACAUAAUGUAUUGAGGUCACAGCUUUAUGAAAUAGGAAAUUUAAUGCACUUGCCUAAAACCAUCGAACAAACAAAUCUCAGUUCAAGACGUGCAGCAGAGCUUAAAAUUUUAAGGACGUUUUAUCAGCAGAAAUUAAAGUGUUCCAGCAUUCCACUUGAGGAAGAAGACUUUAUCUUUUGUGGAAGUAACUACAACCUUACUUUAGCUGACAUUAUUUAUCGUUUUGUUCACCCUCCGCCUACUGUAGAAGACAAUGCCAUAUUGUUACCUCCAAACUUGGCUACCUUAAAUGGAAUGGACGUUAUGGAAUUAGCAGAAAACAGAUUGAAUAGGACUGGAAAAUUAAUCAAUCGAAGUAAACAUUACAUUCGUUAUUUAAUUAAACGUACUAGUGACUCUCCAAAAUGUAUCAAAUGUUGCAUAGCAGAAAAUACUGAAGCUUGCCAGAAAUUUAAUAUAAAUCAAAUGAAAAAUUAUUUGAUAUUACCAACUAAAGCUAUGGUGAAAACGGCAAUGGUUGAAAGUGGAGACCCAUCUGUACAAGUGGAGAAUUGCUGUUGUGAAGAUUUGGCUAAUUCAAGAACUGAAGUUGAACUAUUAAGUGAACGCUUCUUAUCUUUAUUUAUGUGGCCUUAUUUGCUGUCACUUACAAAUUUACAAACCGGUCAGGAAGAAUUAAUGAUUCGAAAAAAGAUGCCAUUGGGAGCACCAAGAAAAUAUCCGUUUACGAAAAGAAUAAAUCGAAAAACUACGGCUAAAAAAAAGUCAAAUGAAAAAAGUACAGUUUUACCAAGAGGCAAAAGAAAACGGUUGGGGAGCAUUCACUCACGUAAAAGAAAAGUUGUUAUUAAACAGGAACCGGAAUCUGAAGACGAUUCUGAGGUAAUACCUGCAGUCACUUCACUGCCAUCACAAACAUCUCUUCGAAGAAGUCCCCGAUUAGCUACUUCACGGGAUCACUCAUACAAUGAUGAAGAACCUAUGCAUGUGUAAAGUUAUACAUUUAAAAAGGGAAAACGCAAUCACCUUAAAUGUAUAUUUUCAUUUGAAUACUGCUCAUUGUUUAUUCCUCCUCCUCUCCCCCCCCCUUUUGUAAUAUUUGAUAAAGGAAACAUUUUUAAUACCUUGGUAUUUAACUUUUAAAAAUAUAACAAAAUUUACUGAACAUUUAAGAAUUAUGAUUCAUAAUUUGUUUGUCGAGAUGAAAAUCUUUAAAGAAUGUCUAAUGCUGUGCCUAAGAAUAGAACAAGUUAAGUGUACUAAUUCAAAAUUAUCUACAGGAAUUUUGAAAAAAUGGUAAAAUUAGAAAUUUAAUGUUAGCAUCUAUUCUUGAUAGAAUCUCCUAUCUAUAAUAAUUCAGCUAGUUUUACAAACCUAUGUAUUCCUAGAAAAUAAAGACUUUUGGUUGGACAGGGAAUCAUUUAUCCUGCAUAGCUCUGAAAAGAAAGAAUUCCAUAUAAUUCAUCCUUGAAGGGUCAAAAGAGAUGAAAAUGAAACAGAGCAAGAUCAGGGCUGCUCAGAAAGUCUGGUUCUUUGAAAUUCAAACAGGCUAUAGUUGCAAAAAUGUAUCUUGUAGUAUGUAAGUGACAUUGGCAUGAAUCAACACCAAUUUCUAUGAUAGUGGAUCUCAGUAUUUGGUGCAGAUUUCAAAAUUCAUAACCAACAAAUCAGUUCAUGGGAAAAUAUCUUUUAUUAUUAUUAUUAUCAGUAUCCUCCCAUAGAAAUUUUAACUUAUCUAAAAAGACGAUGACCAUGACUUUUUCUACUUUAGCUUGUGUCUUCCGUUUAUUUAAUAAGUUUCUUUUCCAAAUAUUGCCUUUUGAUUUUCUGGCAAUGAUUUUGAAGCUAGCUAUGCUUUUGUCAUCUGCGAUGAUUCUGUGUAAAAAUGCAUUGGCUUCUUGUCAAAUAUCAAGAUAAUUGCAUCUUUAUUCUGGUCAAAUAUCAAGAUUAUUGCAUCUCUAUACAUCCACAUGAUAGGCAAAGAAUUAUCAGGAUAGACAAAAUUAUGAUUUUAUGCAUCGUGUCUAGGCAGUUUACUAAUACAAUGUCUGAAACUUAUUGAAUCAUUACCUUAGUUUGAUGAUUUAUAGUUAUCGACCUUCUGCUUCAUAUCUGUCCCACCAUUUCAGAAAUUUUUUUACCCAAUUUGUAAACAUUUUUCUACAGCAGAAUAAAGCCUCUAUUUUAUCAGAAGAGCCUCUGAUAAAUUUGGCCUUCUGCAAUGUCAUCAGAUCAAAAGAAAUGAUAUCUCUUUGCCCUCAUUCUUCCUUGCUAGUAUGUUGAUGGUUCUUACCAGAAAGAAGAAAGAAAAAUAACAGUAUCAUGGUCAGAUUUCACUUACAUAACCAUACUAUUGCAAAUUUUACAUUAGUAAGCUUUUUUUUAAAUAGCCAUUCUUUUUGACUUUUUUUGAUUUUGAAAUUUUUUUGUACUGUACUUUUUUGUAAUUUUGAUAUACUGUUGUAACAUAUUAGGUGUUUUUCUUUUAAACAAUUAUGUUACAUUUGAUUUGUUUUUAUAAUUCAAAUUUUUAUAUAAUAGGUUAAUUUUUUAUUGAAUAUGAAUGAUGUUAACUAGUGCUGUGACAAUUUUUAAACUUCAAAGAUAGGUGAUUAAUUGCAAAAAUUUAUGUUAUUUUCCUAUUUCUGACUGAAUAAUUUGCAAAUCCUUUUUUUUAAAGUGUGCCAGAACUAGAAACAUCUUUAUAUAUAUAUAAGAAAACCGGUGAAUAUUACUGUGUAUGAAUAUCAAACAGUACUAAAUAAACUGAGAUUUUAAAAAAAAUUUUAUUAAAAUAAAAUUUGUUAUUUUUCUAUUCAUAAUUGCAAUAAUUUGCAAAUCAUUUUUUAAAAAGUUUGCCAGAACUAGAAACAUGUUUAUAUAUAAGAAAACCGGUGAAUAUUACUGUGUAUCAUAUCAAACAGUACUAAAUAAAUUGAGAUUAAAAAAAGAAUUAUUAUUAAAAUAAAAUUAUUGCUUUCCUAUUCAUAAUUGCAAUAAUAUGUAAAUCUUUUUAAGUUCGCCAGAACUAGAAACAUAUUUAUAUAUAGAGAGAGAAAACCGAUGAAUAGUACUGUGUAUGCAUAUUAAAUAGUACUAAAAAACACCUUUUUUAUUUAGAUUAAAUAAGUUUCCUUAAAUUUUUAUAAACAUUUCUGCCUCAAAAGGUGACAAGGAAAAUCAUUUCAUUUCGAUAAUUUGAAAUAUUUCUAAUUUCAUUUCUUAACAUAAUGCAUUGAUGUAUUUUCAUAGUAGCAUGUAGGGGGUGGGAGCUCUAUUAAGACAAAAGAAUAAAUAUUGGUGAGAAUUAACUUUUCAGGGAAAUUUUUUCUAAUUGUUACAUAAGCAUGUAUGUAAAAAAGAAAAGAAAUCUUAAAAGUUUUGAAUUAUUUUUUUCUAAAAUGUCUCAAUAAAUGCAUCAAUCUAGUCCUAUCCCAAAGAUGAAUAUUUUGAAUUGCCAAAAUGAUUUUCAUUUUAGAACAAUAUGCAUUUCUAGUUUUCUUAAGUUUAAUAUUUUUUUAACCAUUUUCACUAUUAUAAAAAAAUGAACUUGAAUGAAUUAGAUAAAGAUGACAUUAUGAAUGAUAAAUUAAAAAUAUGCGUUUUUUGUUAAAUAAACUUUUGUUUUGUUACGGAGGAAAUAAAUAAAACCUAAUAAAUCGUAGAAAAUUAUAAUUUUUUAUAUAAAUAUAUAUGUGUACAAAUAAUCGUGCUUCAAUAAUAACAUUUUUGUAUUCAGAUUUUGUAACAGUUUCCUUGUUUCAUGAAAAUUUAAGAUGCCAGGAUUUCCCUGAUGCUAUAUACAUUAAAUUAUUCUUGUCAUUUAUCUUUAUGAAUAAGCCAUUAUCUUCGUUAAAUAUAAUAAAAUCAUUAUGAUAAUCUAAAGUUAUUAAUUUAAUUACUUUAAGCCUAAAUCGAUUUUGAAUCUUAUCUAAUUUAACAUGUUGAUUGUCAUAAGGUUAACAUGUGUCUGUCUUCUAUUUCCCCAAAGUUCUUGUAUUUAUCUUCAUGAAUAAACCAUUAUCUUCAUUAAGUGUUAUUAAAUCAGUAUGGUAAUCUAAAUUUAAUUAUUAAUUUUUAUUAAUUACUUUAAACUUAAAAUAUUUUCGAAUCUCAUCUAAUUUAACUUGUUGACUGUCAUAAGCUUACCGUCUCCUUUCUGUUUACCCAAGGCACCAUGAGACUGGUAGCUUCUCAACUUCAUGUCUUUUGAUCAGAAUAUGUUUUAUUGAUAUCUUGAUGUGAUGCACAUGAUGAACUCUGUUAAAUCAAUUAACUCUUUGUUGUUAAAUUUCUUUACAUAUUAGCUUGGCAGUCAAUGUAUUAAAUUAUCUGAAUUAUGUGAAGAAUUUAUUUUAUUGUGUCAAUACUUUAUAUUGGAACUUUUAAUAUUUAUUGUAAUGUGAAAAUACUCUGUGCUGAAAUUGUUGAAUUGUAAAAGUUUCUUGAUUUAUUUAAUCUAACCAUUUUGAAUUCUGUAUCUCAAGUAAGGAAUUACAUCACUUUUGUAUUUUUUUAAAAUUCUGUUUGUAAUGUUAUAUCAUAUAGCAUUAUUAAUUGUUUAUAUGUAAACACUUCUUUUCUAUGUAGAAGUCUGUAAAUUGCCAUUAUUCCAUGUGUAUGUAUAUAUGCAGUAAUAUGUAAAUGUUUGAAUUAUGUAAAAUAUUUUU